AUUUGACCGCUCCUCACCUCACAACUUCAUUUCAAUUAUCGAUUCGAUGUGAUCUCGCGGGGUAUCCCAACACACCAAGAUGGCACAUUCCCCAGAGUCCUCCAGCCGGGUUCGAGAACUCGAACACAGAGAGGCUAAUAUUCUCUCCAAACACCUCGAUCCCCAGUACACCGGCUCUUACGAUGAAGGAUCACCGCUCCGGGUUGACCCAGACGAUAGUUCAGGGCCCUCACGCAGUACCGAUACCCCCGACCAGCUCUCCUCGCUCCGGCUCCAGGGUGGUGACAUCCACCGUGACCUAUACCGGAUCGAGGCGAAAGCGAAACACCCGCACCGACGAACGAAUACCUUCUCAUAUAUCCCCCGAGAUUCCGAAGACUUGAUUGAAGACGGAGCCGCUGCCAACGAGCCGGGCAAUUUCAGGCGUCAUUUCCUUCGACAAAGGCAUGAGUUGGACCCCGAGACGGUGCCGUCAUCAUUCCUCGACUUCUUGGAUUUAUACGGCAGCUUUGCUGGAGAGGACCUCGCAGAAUCGGAAUAUGAGUCGGCAAUAACGGAUGAGGAGGAAGGACAACCGGGGGAACGCAGGCCUUUGCUUGGACGCCGGAAGAGCGCGCGAGCAGCACGCCGCGGCGAUGCGUCCAGUGUUCGGACGUUCUUCACCCUACUCAAGGCCUUUGUGGGUGCGGGCAUCAUCUUCUUGCCGAGAGCAUUUCGCAAUGGAGGGAUUUUAUUCUCAUCCAUUACCCUGGUCACGGUAGCAAUCGUCAGUACACUGUGCUUCCAUCUGCUGUUGCAAUGUCGGGCAAAGUAUGGUGGUGGAUAUGGUGACAUUGGCGAGCAAAUAUCAGGACCUCGGAUUCGGACGCUCAUUUUGGCGUCGGUCGCGAUCUCGCAGCUGGGAUUCGUUUGCGCUGCCAUGAUCUUCACCGCUGAGAAUCUCCAGGCGGUCUUUGAGGCUGUCGCAAUUCCUGCAGGCAUGUUCGGCUCGACUACAAGUCUGAUCCUGAUUCAGCUGUUUGUCCUCAUUCCCCUGGCAUUCAUUCGAAACAUAUCCAAGCUUGGACCGAGCGCGCUCUUGGCCGACGUUUUCAUUCUUUUCGGACUUGGAUAUAUUUACUACUAUGAUAUCGCCAGCAUCGCGUCUCGUCGUGGCUUGCACCCGACUGUUGAGCUCUUCAACCCAAACUCGUUCACACUCACAAUCGGUUCUUCCAUCUUCACGUUUGAAGGAAUCGGGUUGAUUCUCCCUAUACAAGCGUCCAUGAAACAACCUCAAAACUUCGACAUGCUCCUCUAUACGGUCAUGACCAUUAUUACCAUUCUGUUUACGGCGGCGGGUGCUCUUUCUUACGGCACUUUUGGCGUCGAGACCAAGACUGAAAUUCUCAGCAAUCUCCCGCAGACUGAUAGGCUUGUCAAUACCGUCCAAUUUCUGUACUCCCUUGCCAUCCUGGUGGGCACGCCCGUGCAGCUUUUCCCGGCCGUGCGUAUCAUAGAAGGCAAGCUUUUUGGAUUGGCGUCCGGUAAAGGUGAUCCGUCGAUCAAGUGGAAGAAAAACGUGUUUAGAACGUGCGUGGUAUUAUGCUGUGCCGUCAUCGCCGCCGCUGGGGCUGGAGACUUGGACAAGUUUGUCUCGUUGAUUGGCUCCUUUGCCUGCGUUCCGCUGGUCUACAUCUACCCGGCAUACCUGCACUGGAAGGGAGUGGCAGAGUCCCGGUGGGUGAAAUACGGCGAUCUGACCAUGGCCGGAGUGGGCUUUUUCUUCAUGGUUUACACUACUGUGGCCACUGUUUCUGUUUGGAUUCACGGAGAGAACCCGUGAGUCUGAAGAAGAGCUCCAUCUCAUUUCCCAGUCCGUAAUCUGUUUCCUUUUUUACUACGCCUGAUAUAAUUCUAUAAUGCCUGACCACCCUAUGCGAAUGUACUUUAGAUACCCAGAAAACUACAGCUAUGAAUAAUGCCAGAGAUGUUUUUGAUAGUAC